AUGAAGAGAAAAUCGGACUCGGAUACAGCAACACCGUCGUUGACGGGUGGAGGUAGUGAGUCACUAGGAGCAGAAUUUGAUGUGUUCUUGAAUUUUAGAGGGCCAGACACUCGUCAUAAUUUCACCAAUCACCUCUAUCACUCCCUUGAUGGAGUUGGAAUUCGCGUCUUCUUAGAUGAUGCAGAGAUCCAAAAAGGCGAAAAGAUUGGAGGUGAACUUCUACAUGCCAUCAACAACUCUAGAAUUUACAUGCCUAUCUUCUCCGUAGACUAUGCAUCUAGUGCAUGGUGUCUUCGUGAGCUUGCCACAUGGUGGAAUGCUCAAGAAGAUCAACGAACAAAGUUCGGCUACGAUGAAGUGCAACGGUGGAAGGAGGCUCUAACAGAGGUCGCUUCUAUCAAAGGAUGGGACUGCAAAGAUAGAGGCCAAGGGAAACUUAUAAAACUUAUUACUGAUGAGGUUUCAAUGAGAUUGGUGAGAGGAGUUCGAGUAGUGCCGGAUCAUUUGGUUGGAAUCGAUCAUCAUGUGCAAAAUGUGAUGCAUAUGCUAGGCAAAGACACUCUUGAUGUACGGUUUGUCAUAAUAUACGGAAUGGGCGGAAUCGGUAAGACAACUCUUGCUAAGGUUCAUGAUACUGACUUUGGGAUCAACAUGAUUAGAGGGAGAUGUUGCCACAAGAAAGUCCUUAUUGUUCUCGAUAAUUUGGAUAGCAAGGACCAGCUUGGGAAACUAGCAGAGAAGUGUGAAUGGUUCAAUUCAGGAAGUAGAAUUAUCGUGACAACUAGAGACAUUAGUAUUUUCAAAAUUAACAAGAGUCAUGCAUCAAUGCAUCCUAAAGCAUAUCACUUUUACCAAAUGAAAGAGAUGGACGAGUAUUGUGCUAUUCAACUUUUCAGUAGACAUGCAUUUGAAAGCGAUGCUCCUCCACAUGAAUAUGAUAAAAUAACGAGAGAAAUUGUGAAAAUCACUGGCGGACUUCCACUAUCUCUUGUGGUCAUUGGAUCCUCACUCUACUGUGAAAGUGAAGAAGUAUGGGAUGAUGUAUUAGCCAAGCUAAAGAAAAUGCCUCACAAGGAAGUUCGGGAGAUGAUUGGGGUGGAUGGAGCCACAUUAUGGGAGAAAGUAGUUUAA